AUGGGGCCCUCAACAGUCAAGGUUGACUGUAGAAUGCGCACAGAAACUAUCAACCUCUACAUGAUCUGCUUGUGUGACCCAGGGGCAGGAAAGUCACCUGCCUUUCACCAUGGCUGUGCACAGCCGAUAAGGUUGCAUGUAGAGGCAAAGGAGGAUAACCCUUUAUUUUUUGACGAAUUUACUGAAGCUGGGCUAUUUCGUCAAUUGAAGUCAACACCUGGCCAUAAAGCUAUCAUUGGCAAGGAAGAGGCAUCACAGUUUUUUGACCAGCUACUUGGUGCUUCCAGGGAAAAGAGCCGCAUAGACAUGGAACGGAUGAUCCAGUUAUAUGAUGGAAGUACAUGGGUAUAUACACGGGCAGACAAGUCAGCACGUCAAGUCAUUGACAGUCCAGGAGUGUCAGUGAGUGGCUACAGUCAACCCAACCGCUUCUUUCCAAUUUAUGUCAAACUAAAGGAAAGGCAGGAUGGUGCAGUGGACAGAAUUCUCAUGUACCAGCCUUUGCCACAUCGUCUGGCAGCACAUGAAACUAAAGAGUAUAUCACCAAACUGAAUAAUUCGAAACUGAAAGAUCUCAGGUAAUAUUUUGUUUAUGGCAAGUUUUAAACACAGGUUGAUGAAACCUGAAUGUUUUGGAUCCAUAUAAGUAUGUGUACAGUACAGAAACUUUUUUUAAAAAAAAAUGAACACUACAACAGCUUAACAGGAAUAGACAAAUUGUAUAAUGCUUUAUAGUUUCAGGUUAUUCUGGGAAAAUAGGCAUGAGUCAUAUUGUCUCUAACAAUGUCAAGGUGAUUGCUCUGAAAGCUGACAAGAGUUAAUUUACAUGUAUUCAUUCAUGGCCCAAUUUGAAUACCCAGAGCGAUUCCAUUAGGGCCAAACUCUUUGUUUAACUUUUAACACUUUGUAAUUUAUUCACCGCUUCAUUAUAUAUAUACUCGAUUUUAUUAUUUUAGUUUACUUGAUAAUGACGUUCUGGAAACGUCGAAACGUCGUGUUAUGCUUUAUAAUAUUUUAUCGCAGAUUUUUAUUGUCAAAUGCUUUACCAAAUCUUUACUUAUUCGAAUUCAUUCAUGGGAGUACAAAAAAUGUGAGAAAUUAAUAAAGUUUAAGGUAAUAAUUGUUUUUAAUCUUGAAGUCAAUGUUUUUAUAUUUCAGAGCUGUCUAUUCUGCCAUAUAUGAGUUCUCUCAUUCUGAAAAUGGCCUUGUAACGUACUCCCUAGACCAGGGUGGUAACAGAAAGUACGAGGAAUUUAUAGAUGGCAUCUCUGCAUCCCUUAAUAGUCAGUGGGCGAGAAACAUCUGCCCAGAAGAUGUUUCAAAAGAUGACAGGCAUGUGCUGAGGCUGGCAGCUGUUCUCCAUGUGUUAUACGACCAGCUGACAAAAUUUCUCCAAGAAGAAGAGAAAUCACCGCCACCACAAGUCAUCAGCUCAUUAACUAUUCAGAGGAGUAUAACACUGUGCCAGUAUUUUACAGCACAGAGGAGAAUCCUUGACCAGGUGAGUGGUUGUUCAAUAAUAAAGCAACUGGUAAAACAAGUGUGACUAUUUCUUGGAGAAACAAAUUAACAGAGGGCAUAGCCAUGGAACCAUAAACAUGAAAUUUGAAAAAUACAAGCCUAGGAAACCAGGCCGUGUAUUGCUUUUCUGUUUUUAUUUCCUUUUUAUUCCAGUUCAUUUUUAUUGAUGAAUACCUUGGUUUAUGUAUAAAUCACAAAAUCAAGAUUAAAUGCUUGAAUCAUGAAUUUUAAUAUCCUUUUUUCAUAUUUGCCUAUUGGAUAUGCAAAAAUAAAACCCUCACGAAAUACUAUCUUACCAAAGUAUAAAAAUUAAGUACCAAUAAGGUACACAAAAAAACCAGAGCGCCCAAACCGGCAUGUCUACAGUUUGUCGCCACAACAUUGAUAAGUGUUGAGCCAAAUUCUUUACCUGCAAAUUUAAGUCUGAUUAACUGCUUGAUAACAGAUCAUUAUUUUUACUGAACCUCGACAUCUGAUGACUGAUGCUAGAAAUGGUUCGACAAACAUUGUCCAUCAGAAUUUCUACAAAUUAAAAAAAUAAUCAAUAAAUAUUCAUCCUGAAAGAUUACUUACAGCUGUUCAUAUACUUAGAAAAGGAACAACAACUAAUAAAGAACUUGAUGUUUUCAUAACACAAUAGCAUCAAUCCUUCAAAAUUCCUUGAUGAACAGCUUAUCAGGAAUCAUCAUUUUCAGAUGCAGUACUUGUUACUGGAUUACUAAAAAGGUGUUUCAUGUUUUGCAGCUUGUGAAGUGCAAUACAGAGAAUGCCUCAAGUGACCACUAUGAACGGCAGAGGCGCAUCCUGCUAUGUAAAGGGCCUUUUGUGUCUACGCUGGCCCAGCGCAAUUUUAGUGGGAACGCGAGGCCAUCUGCUGAGGUUCUAAGUGGCACAAUGGAAAAUCUGGCAACAGAUGGAUUUGGCACUGUCUUAUCCGUCGACAGAAGCACCGUCUUCUACAAGAAGCUCCCGGCAGAUAUAAAUGAUGAAGACUUGGCCACAUAUGAGGUGACUAGGAAAAAAUACCUCCAAGCCUUUAAUGAGCGGGCAGACAAAUCCAUAAUUACAAAGUACCUAUUUAACAAAUUUCUCAACCAGUCACCACAUAAAGACCGCUUAAAGAAUGAGCACGAUAUCACACCAGAGGACAACUAG